AUGUUCGACGAGCUGGCGCAAGAUCCAGCAGAUGCUGAAGACUAUGAUCUCGAUGCGAUGGAGCGACAUAUUGACGCAAGAGGCGUGAUAGACAGUGAGGACGAUGCUGCAACCUUGGUUGGACAUCGGGGCGCUGGUUCCAUUGCCGAAGAUGCUAUUGUCUUCGACAUUGGGGACGAAGAUGGAAUUGGCGACGACCACGAGCGGGAAGGGUUAAUGAAGGACGAUUAG